AUGGCUUUAAACGAGCAAACUGACGUCAAGAUUGACGACCAUCCACACGUAGUGGAAGGCUCGGAAGAAUCUGAGAUACAGAAGAUGUUUUCUGGCUCGACGGUAUUCUUGACUGGGGGUACAGGAUUUCUAGGAAAACUUUUGGUUGAAAAACUUUUAAGAUCGUGUCCUGAUAUAAAAAAGCUAUAUCUAUUAACUAGGCCAAAGAAAAAUAAAGAUAUAAAGAAGAGAUUGCAAGAGCAGUUUGAUGAUGUGGUCAAAUUUAUUUUCCACGGCGCCGCAACUGUUCGCUUCGAUGAAGUAUUAAAGAAAGCUGUGGAGAUCAACGUGCGCGGGACGAGAGAGAUACUAAAGCUAGCACGUGCAUGUACCAAACUACGUGCAUUUGUCUAUAUUUCAACCGCUUACAGUAACUGCCACUUAAAUGAGAUCGACGAAAAGUUCUACGGCAGCAACCUCUCCGAAGACAUGCUCAUUAACCUUGUUGAGAACAUGGACGAGAAUACUUUGAAAAACAUUACGCCGGGAUUACUAGACAACCUCCCCAACACAUACACUUACAGCAAGUUGACAGCAGAGGACUUCGUUCAGAAACAUUCUCAAGGCCUUCCGGUAUUAGUAACAGGAGGCUUGGGCCUCCUACACUCCUUGCAUUGCAACCCACAAGCUAUAGCGGAUAUGGUUCCAGGGGACUACGUAAUAAAUGGAAUUAUAGCAGCGGCCUGGAAAACCGCCAAAGACUAUCUUGGAAAUUAUGAACACUCUCCAGUUGAUAAUUUCCCUAUUGUAUACAAUUAUGUAUCUUCGGAGCAAACCCCUAUUACUUGGGAUUCUGAAAUUAUGUACCAUAAAAUAAUAAGGAAAAUCUGCGAAAAAUACAGCAAAAAGUACACUAAAGAUCUACAAGCGCGAAUGUAUGGAGGAACAGAUCGUGAUAUAUGUAUAGCAGUCGUCGAGGAACUCAAAAUGCCGAUAUCUGCUGAUGAAUUUGAAAGGCAGUUAAAUGAUUUGGCUCAAAAAAUGUUGCCAAGUGCUCCGCUGCAAAGAGGGGCUGAACGUCUGUUAACACAUCUUCAUGAUUACAAAAUACCGAUGGCGCUAGCGACUAAUUCAACAGAGCAAGCCGUCAGACUACACGCCACGGCCAGACCUAAGUUAUUUGGCCUGUUUCAUCAUAAAGUGAGUGUAAACGAUCCAGAGGUCUUUAGAGGGAAACCAAACCCGGAUAUCUACCUCGUUGCUGCUUCGAGAUUCCCGGAAAAACCAAAGCCGAGACAAGUAAUAGUAGUAUUUUCUUGUCUUGUAUUUGAAGAUUCCGCUGUAGGUGUAAUUGCCGCCAAAGAAGCUGGCAUGCAGGUAGUAAUGAUCCCAGAUUCUCGCCUCGAUCGCGAGCAAACCCGUCAAGCUACACUAGUGAUACGAUCGCUUAUGAAUUUCCAACCAGAACUCUUUGGGCUGCCACCAUUUGAUGAUAUCCCAAAAAGAAAAAGUAGCAUUGAGUCAAACCCAGAU